UAUUCAACCGAGAGCCAACAUGGCGACAUAACCGCGUCAGAUUCUAGCCUUUUCCCAUUGGUCAGUAGGCGGGGCCAGAGCAGCAACGCUAGCCAGCUGAUCGCUUUUUUCUAGAGCUGCUAGAGUUGGUUUUUCUUAGCUCGGAGGGAGCUGCCAUGCAGAGAUUGAGGGACUCUUCAAAUUUUUUAAAUUGUUUGUUUUCCAUAUCUUGCUUAUAAACAUCCGAGAAUUUGCUUUAAAGUUUAUUCCACACGACAACAACAACUUAGGGCAGCCUGUAGUUUUUCAUUUUCAGCUCAUAUGUCAUUUGUAAUUAAGUUUGACGUUAUUCAAUUUCUCCUGAUUUCAAAACGUCUGCAUGGAAAGUUUCAUGGGAAAGGAAAACGGUAGAGCGUUCUGGAUAACUCGAAGUGAUAGCGAGCAUCCCGUCGAUAUGUUGUUUUUACUAGAAAACCAGGUCAGUGUCAGUGUUUGGACGGACUCAUCCUCCUCAUCCUCCGCCGAACUGAUCCAGGCUGCGGUUCCUCCGUCUGUGCAGCUCGGUCUCACGGUUCUCUACACGGUUUUGUAUUCGCUGCUCUUCGUGUUUGUUUACCUGCAGCUCUGGUUGAUUCUGCACUACGGACACAAGCGCUUCAGCUACCAGAGCGUGUUUCUUUUUUUGUGUUUGCUCUGGUCGGCGUUGAGGACGACACUCUUCUCUUUCUACUUUAAAAAUGUUGUUCAAGCAAACCAGCUUCAGCCUUUGCCGUUCUGGCUCCUGUAUUGUUUUCCAGUCUGCCUGCAGUUCUUCACCCUGUGUCUGCUCAACCUUUAUUUUGCUCAGGUGAUUUUCAAAGCCAAAGCGAAAUAUUCCCCAGAACUCAACAAGUACAAGGUGCCCCUGCGUCUAGGAUUUCUGCUGGCCAGUGUUUUUUUCCUGGUGGUGAACGUGACGUGUGCCAUGUUGGUUCAGGGAGAUGUGGGUGAGAGUCAGGUGAAAGAUGCCAUUCUGGCACGAGUGCUGGUUAAUGACAGCCUCUUUGUGCUCUGUGCGAUCUCACUCGCCAUCUGCAUCUUCAAGAUCGCUAAAAUGUCUUCUGCCAACGUCUACCUGGAGUCAAAGGGGACAUCAGUAUGCCAGGCCACAGCCAUUGGGGCAGCAGUUAUCCUCCUCUACACCUCCAGAGCCUGUUAUAACCUGGUUGUGGUGGCUCUUUCUCCUGAAGAUCGGCCCAGCCCAUUUAAUUAUGGCUGGUACAAUGUAUCUGACCAGGCGGAUGUACAGAAGAUCAAUGGGGAAGCCUAUGUGGUCUUUGGGAUCAUCCUGUUCUUCUGGGAGUUGCUGCCCACCAGCCUGGUGGUGUUGUUCUUCCGAGUCCAGCGGCCCAAUCAGAACCUGACACCGGGUGGCAUGAUCAACAGUCACAGCUUUAGUUCCAGGGCGUAUUUCUUUGACAACCCACGCCGCUAUGAUAGUGAUGAUGAUCUGUCUAGAAACACAACUUCCCGAGGAGAAAGAUGCAGUAUCCUGUCGUCCACGCCGCAGACGGGCCCAAGUUGGUACGGCUCGAUCCAGAGAAACAGCAGCCUAACGGCGAUCCCUCACCUGCUGAACGGCCCCCAAACCUCAACCGCCCCUCUUCUCUUUUCCUACGGCAACAUUCAGACCAACCAACACCACAAUUACUAUUCCACCCCCCAGAACUACUACUCAACCUCCCAAACACACUACGCCACCCCUCAGAACUAAAGUAGAUCCUUCUGUGGAACGAUCUAGUCUUGAGGUUUGGUUCAGCCAGGACGUCAUUGAGCAACGCUUUAUGGUCGUCUUCCGCCUCAGUCAAUUUAUCUGCCCACAUUGAUGCGGCAGGAAUUUAAAGGGACCAUAAGGUGAUUGGGGGAGGUUUAUAUGGACCAAAUGGACCAGUUUUUCCAAUGUUCUCAUUUCUGAAAACCAACCAUCCAUCCCAUCACCCAACAUUGGCGCAAUGAACUCCCCAGAGCCUUCAGCACAUGGACUCCCCUCUGUGAGUUGGGAUGUGAUUUUUGCACUUGUUGUGGGCCUGUGUUUCAUAUUUGGAUCAGUUGGAGUAGUUGUAGGCCAGAAUGUGGUGGUGUUGGUGGUGGGGAAAUUUUUCCAUUUUUGGAGAGUACGCUUUUAUAUUCCACCGUUUUGGAGAAAGAGCACGACCGCCUAGUCCAUCCGAGACGAUCAAGUGAAAGUAUUCUGGAUCUGUCGGUACUAGGAUCCAACGUGCACUGAUGUUAACAUGUGACUCUUUCUUGAAUUCCUUUAUUACGUUGCCAAAGAGCCCGUGAUUUAAAUCCAAGGUAGUACAUUUCCACACUUCCCAAAGACAGAAAGACACCCGGUUCCUACAAUCUCAGAAAUGACGACUGGGAUCUAGUGUGAUACGUGUGACUAGGAAAACUAACUCUACUUACACUCUCUAAUAUUUUGGUACCUGGCUUUUGAAGGACAUUUUGGGCUUAUAUCAGUAGUCAAAAUCUAGUAUAUCAUCAUAAAUGGUGCCAUCGUAUGAUUUUCCUAGUCGAAAACAUGUCGCACAAAAUUAAUGUUUGUAUUGAACAUGUUUCAUAAGCUUUAUAUGAUCAUUCCUGUAUAAUUGUAUUUCAGGAGUGUAAUUGGUCAGCAAUCGAUGCCCCAUAUCCAGCUUAAAUGAAGCGGCCCUUUCCAUUUCCCUAAAAAAGUAAUCGUUUUGUGUUUUAGCAAAAAAAAAAAGCUUUUUUUUUUUUUUUUAAUCCCCUAAUUUGCUGCUUCAUAUGUUAUGAGCUGUGUACAAGAUAUCAACAAUCAUUUGGCUGAAGCAAUCACUAGUUGUGGUGUAAAUAUUAUAAAUGGGCAGCUGUGGGAUUGAAACUCCAUAUGCACCUGCUGUUAUUGGAUUUAUUUUUAAAAUGUGUUUUAAAUUGCGUCUUGCAGGGUUUUGUGUAUGCUGUAUGAAAAAAGCGGAUGAUUUUAAUUGAUUUGGACGUUUUAAGUCGGCCUCGUGUCUUAUUUCCUUGCUUUCUGCC